ACAUAUUUAUAAGAAACUUUUCAAUUUGCACAAUGUUUCACCUGCUUUGUUGCUGGAGGUCAUUAUACUAAGUACAUAAAAAAAUGAUUAUUUCAACUUACUAUUCAAAAUUUUUGUAUAAAGUCUCAGCUCACUACCAGCAUAACAUCUAAAGUAACAGUACUAACUAUCGUAUAUAAAAGGUAAACACUUACAAAUAUGUUUAUUCCUUUUUGAAGAAAGUUAGUUGAUAGAAAUAAUGUUUGUACAUCUACUUAUAUAUCUCAUACUUUUAAAAAACUGUGUGUUUGUGAACACGCUUCUACUUGAAGCCUUACACGAUUAUAUGACAGAACCAGAACUGGCAUAUUAUUUUCAAACAGCAGAUAGAUCGAUUAUACCAGAUUAUGAGGUCAUAUACUUACCACUUGUACUUCCAGUAAAAGAAGCUAGUAGCGUGUUUGGAGAUGAGGAUGAAGAAAUUGAAUAUAAUUUCUCUGCUUUCCAGAGACCCAUUGAGUUGAAAUUAAGAAGGAAUCCAAGUAUUACCGCCUCAAAUUUCAAGACAUAUAUACACAACCAUGAUAAAAUUGAAAGUCUGCCCGAUAGUCCAAAAAACUGUCAUUAUCUGCACAAAGAUAGAAGCACAGUGGCAUCAAUUAGCAUUUGUUCUCCUAGAACAGUUCAAGGAUUAGUCUUUCUUGAAAAUUCUACUUUAGAAAUACAUCCUUUGACAGAAAGGCUACAAACGUUGCUUAAGCUCCGUGAACCACUUGUCGAAACCCUAUUAGAUGAAGAAGUUAAGAUGCCACAUAUUGUCAAAAGAGCAAAUUUCCUGACAGAUUUUCUGAACUAUGACAUUCUACCGAUUGCUGGAAAUGUUUGGACAGAAAAUGAAGAGGUGAACCCUAGCGUUUAUGAUAACAAUUUUAACAAAGUAAAUCGUUAUGAUUGGAGUUAUCCAGAGGCUGCAAGUUAUAGGCCAGCUGGAGGUCUGACACUGGAACUGGCAUUAUUCUUUGAUGAAGCUGCUUACAAAAUCUUUGCCCCACAUUUUAACAAUGAUGACAAGAAAUUACAAGACAUGUUAUUGGCUUAUAUGAAUGGGGUACAAGCAUUGUACCACCAUCCAAGUUUAGGAACAAUUCUUGAGUUGGUUUUGGUAAGACUAGACAUAAUGAAACAACAGCCCUCUGCUAUGCCCCAUUACAAUGGAGAACGUGGAAAAUUACUUGAUAGCUUUUGUGCUUACCAAAAAGGUAUCAACCCUUCUGGCGAUUCUAAUCCUGAUCAUUGGGAUAUGGCAUUGUAUGUAUCUGGAUUAGACUUCUUUGCAUAUGAAAAAGGUCGUAAGAGUGGUGUUACCAUGGGUUUGGCAACUGUUGGAGGUGUCUGUUUGGAUCAGUAUGCCUGUGUUAUAGCCGAGUUUGGAACUACAAAUAUUUUCGGAAAGCCUUAUCCUAGCGCAGGAUUCACUAGCGUAUACAUUUCGGCUCAUGAAAUUGGUCACAAUUUAGGAAUGCAUCACGAUAACAGUGGCAAUAGUUGUCCGAAAGAAGGAUAUAUUAUGUCUCCAUCUCGAGGUACCAACGGUGAGACACAAUGGUCAACAUGUAGUGCUGAUGUUAUGGCAAAAUUGAGUUGGGCCAAAUGUCUACAAGAUUCUGGAAAGUCACCAAAAAAUCUUGAUCACAGCCAUUUUCUUGACACUCCUGGUCAAAUUUUUACUGCAAAAAGACAAUGUGAGCUCCUAUUAAGAGACAAAGAUGCCACGAUGCUACCCCAUCAAGAACUGUCUACUAUUUGUUAUAAUUUACAGUGCAAAACGCCCCACAGGAGUGGAUAUUACUUUGCAGGCCCUGCUUUAGACGGAACGCAAUGUGGAAAGGGAAAGUAUUGUUAUGGAGGUAACUGUGUGGAUAAACAACCUCCAAAACCAGUAAAAAAUGUCCCGGGGGGAUGGGGGCCCUGGAAGGAGGGUAAUUGCAAUUCUGGCUGUAUAGAAAAAUCUAUGGGUCAUGCAAUGAAACGUAGAUAUUGCAAUAAUCCCACUCCUAUUAAUACGGAUGAAGGGUGUGAGGGCGCUAGUGUAGAGUUUGAAUUGUGCAGCGACAAUAAGAUCUGUAAAUAUAAAAAAGAAAGCGUAGUUGAUUAUGCAUCAGAGAGAUGUAAAGAAUUUGCAAAACUCUUGCCAGAACUGGAUCGGACAGGUGCAGGAUUACAAGCUCCUCAUGAAGAAGGGCGGGUUUGGAUGGGAUGUGCAAUAUUCUGUAAACGUGCCGAUUCUGGUAGUUAUUACACCCCCAGAAUAGAACUAAAUGAUUUGGGUGUUUCCCCAUAUUUUCCUGAUGGAACAUGGUGUCACAGAGAAAAGAACCUUAAUUUCUAUUGCAUACAGCAUCAUUGUUUACCAGAGAACUUUAAAUUUACCAAGUCGGAGGUAGGAGGAGAUGAUAUUCCAUUUUCUCAGAAUGCUCACCCGUUGCAAGAAAUACCUCAGGAAAUAAAGGAUUACUUCUCUUUGGGUCCAAAUGGUAAACCUAUCAGAACCACUCUGCACUCUGCGAAGCAACCGAAAGAAGAGGACUGGGAAACUAAUGACUAUAUAGAAAUUCCAGAAUUAAAAGACAGGUAUAAGAUGUUACCCUAUGACCGUGAAAAUUUUAUUUAGUUUAUUAUUCCUGCAUCUAAUUGUCCUACUAAAAAUUUAGAAUAAACAUUGCAUAUA